AUGACGUCAAGAGCCUCACUUUAUACGAGGAAAAAAGUCGCCAAAGAACAGGCUUACUAUAAAUAUGGCAUCUCGUUGGAUGACAUAAAUAAAUAUCUAUUAUUAGCAACGAAAGAUUUUGAUUCUGAUAAUACGUUAGUACCGCAUGAUGGAAACGAAAACGUUACAGUAGCUAAAGAUCUUGACACGUUACAACUGAAUACUGUUAUUCCAUCUGUGAACAAUGAUCUGGAUGAAACUAACUCAAUGGCGGACAGUGAAGAACCUCAUGAGUAG